GACGUGCGCCCCGGAGAGCCCUCCCCAGAUCUCAUGGAGCACACACAUUUCCAUCUCACCAACAGCUCACUCUUCUCCCAUAACCGCUAUGCUUGCGGCUUGGGCUUGGUGCCGGUCGUCUACUACAGCCUCCUACUCUGCCUUGGCUUGCCAGCUAACAUCCUAACUGUGAUCAUCCUGUCCCAGCUAGUGGCACGUAGACAGAAGUCAUCCUAUAACUAUCUCUUAGCCCUUGCUGCUGCUGACAUCAUGGUCCUCUUCUUCAUUGUGUUUGUAGAUUUUUUGCUGGAAGAUUUUAUCUUAAACAAACAGAUGCCUCAUGUCCCAGACAAAAUCAUAGAAGUUCUGGAAUUUUCUUCCAUCCACACCUCCAUUUGGAUUACUGUUCCAUUAACUAUUGACAGGUAUAUUGCAGUCUGCCAUCCACUCAAAUACCACACUGUUUCCUAUCCAGCUCGCACUCGGAAAGUCAUCGUAAGUGUCUAUAUUACCUGCUUUCUGACCAGCAUCCCAUAUUACUGGUGGCCCAAUAUAUGGAUUGAAGACUAUAUCAGCACUUCUAUGCACCAUGUCCUCAUCUGGGUUCAUUGUUUCACCGUGUACCUGGUGCCCUGCUCCAUUUUUUUCAUCUUAAAUUCUAUCAUUGUAUAUAAGCUUAGGCAAAAAAGCAAUUUCCGACUCCGUGGCUAUUCCACAGGAAAAACCACAGCUAUCCUGUUCACCAUCACUUCCAUUUUUGCCACACUUUGGGCACCCAGAAUCAUAAUGAUCCUAUAUCAUCUUUAUGUGUCACCUAUCCACAAUAGCUGGCUGGUGCAUAUUAUAUCAGACAUUGCCAAUAUGCUGGCCUUGUUAAACACUGCAAUCAAUUUCUUCCUCUAUUGUUUUAUCAGUAAGCGAUUCCGUACCAUGGCAGCUGGAACACUGAAAGCUUUCUUUAAGUGUCAAAAGCAGCCUGUCCAGUUCUAUACUAAUCAUAACUUCUCAAUAACAAGUAGUCCCUGGAUUUCACCAGCCAAUUCCCACUGUAUCAAAAUGCUGGUUUAUCAAUAUGAUAAAAAUGGGAAGCCUAUAAAAGUAUCCCCAUGACCAGGUUGCUAUUUUCACUUCCGCUCCAUUCAAUGGGGCUCUGAGAUCUUCACAUUAUACUUGCUGAAACUUCUCUUCUCAAGAGUGGUAAUCAGAUUUCUUGUCUCUAUAGCGUAAAAGACUAUCGAACUGGUAGAAUGAAUGCUGGUCUGGUAGAAAAGGAAAAGAAGCAUAAUUUUGUUUUGGUUUUUUUUGGCAAGUCAUGUUAAGAGCGAAAAUCCCUGCCAGUUUGAUACCUUUAUGGAGGGCAAGAGUACUUUGCUCUUGGGUCUGUAUGGACCAAUGGCAUAAAAAAUAGUAUGUGGUCAAGUCUCAGCACUCUAUGUGGUCACUGGAAAUAACUCAUUUUUUCAAUACACCCAAAACCCAGUAGUGCUUGACUGAUACUAUAUUCUUUAUUCAAUGAGCUAAGGUAAUCUCUUCAUCAUGCUAUUCCUAGCUCCUAAGAUUGAAUGUCUCUGCAUUUUUUCAAGGUGUUUGCAUUUGGUGCACUUACCGAAAAAGGGGUUUUUGACUUGACGUAUUUCCCCAUUCAUCAGUCGCUGGUGCUAAAGAUGACACUUUGGGAAAUAGAAGAAUCUUUACCUGUCCUUCUCACUCUUGAUAGGCUCUCUUGGAAAAAUCUCUAGAACAAAAUACUUUCUGUUCAUAUUUCCUGGGAAACCAAGAAGCAUCCCCACAAACUAACCUUAUGUAUAGAUUUUUUUCAUUUUACCCAAUACAAAGGAUCUUCUGGGAAGUAAAAGAAGAGGAAGAUUUCUUGAGCCCAAAAUAACAACAACAGCAGCAAAUUAUUGCCAUUAGUUUUCAUUAGAUUUUCCAGAGGCUCAUGAGUUUGUGGAACUAUACAUGGACACAGCACUCUAAUGUUUUUCAUCUAAAAGGCUUGUCGUCAUGUUGGUUUUUUUCUUCAACAAUCCAAAUAAACCUUUUAAGCAUAGCAUUUCAAGCUUGCUUUUUAUGGAAGCCAUGCAUCAAUGAAAACAAGAUCCACACUUCUUCUUGUACAGACAUUCUGAUCUGCUUUUUUUUUUUGAGGUGAGGUAAAAAUGGGCCAAAUAUUUCGGGUUCAGUUAUGAGAGUUCUCCAAGUUUUAAACAAGGACAAAAUCAACUCUCCCCAACAAUUUAUAUGUACAAUCAGCUUUCCCAAAGCGUUUCCCAAACAGAAGCUGUUAACAUAACAGGGAAGCAUACCUGCAUCUCCAUAUCAGACUCCCAUUAUCCAGUAGGGUUAGUUCUGAUUUAUAGCUGGACGUUUAUAAUGAUGAUAACCUAUUUCCUUCCAUACUCCCAACAAACACAAUACAGAGUGUCAAUGAAUCAGGUUUUCCCUGUGAUAUCCUACAAACAUAUACACAUACACACCCAAAUGAUUUGAGUUCAUAUGCAUCCAAUUCUCCAUUUUAAGGAAGGAAAUCCAUUCAAGAAAGUUAUUUUUCAAUAGCUCACCACACUCUGCCUGAAGUUAUAGGGCUGAAAAAUCAUCCUGUUUUAGAAGAAUUUUAGGUGAUCCUUCCAAAAUGAUUCUGAAAAUUCAAAAUGGUAUGCUUUUACAAUAACGGCCCUUGUUUCCUUGAGAAUCUCAUAAGGUUCUCACUAGAACAAAUUACCUUAGUGAUCUGUUUUAACUUUAUUUGGGUCCCAAAGUUGAGUGUGUAUGUGUAUCCAUUUGAACAGGACUUGCAAUAGAUGAAUGGGAAAAGACCACUCUAUUGCAGUUAGUCAUGACUCCCCUGGGCAGCCCAAAUUCCAAGAAGUGGCUAUAUUUUACUGUUUCAGUCUUCAUGGCCCUACCUGUUCUCUAUUAACUCCUUAAAUGAGUGCUUUCUUGUGGAUUUAUAUUUACCAAAGUGUAUCAAUACAUAAUAGGUCUAUUUAUUUUUUAAAUGCUUAGUGACAAGGAAUGCUAGUUUAAGUUUUACGUGAAUGAGUUCAAGUGCAAUAUCUAUAAAGAUUAAGUGAUUCAUUUUUGUGAAUGUAUUUAUCAUGGAAGACAAUAUUUAUAUGAAUUCCAUUGUUCUAUACUAAUCACAUAUAAACUUGAAUGUUGAGGUUUGUUAAGUUUUUUUUAAGACUGAGAAUAAAGAAUGUUUUUCCACGUGCUUCAAUUUAUUACUUUUCUUAACAAUAGAGACUCUAUCGACUAGUGGUGUCAUUGAUUUUCCUUUGGAUUAUAUUUUAUAUUUUUAUAAGUAAUAUAUGAAAGAGAUCUGAUUUUUUAAGCCAUUCCACCAAAUCCUUACUCUCUUCUGGUUAGAAUUCACAUGAAUGUCUCUGUGUGUCUCUUGAGCAAUUUCAUUAUGUGUCUCUUUUGUGUCUCUUAUGUGUCUCUUGAACAGUUUUGCUUCAGAGAAAUCGAGGGCUUUAACUUAUUAUUAAUAGUGAUGAAAAUAAAUAAAUAAAUGAAAAUAGAUGCUCUGAAGACUUUUAUUUUAGGCUGGUUUGGGAAACAAAGCCUUGACUAAAGAAAUCUGCCAUAUUGGAGCCACUGUCCAUGAGUUGUGUCCUAACUUUUGGUCUGUGAGGCUCCUUGGAAAGACUGCUAAUGAGCCAAAAUCUUGCUAUAUGAUUUGGACCUCCUGUGGGCAUACAGUAAAGUUAAACAAGCACAUACUGUAUUUUCAUUAAACCACUUGGGAACUAGAAUGCCUUAGAGGGACAAGGAAUGGAAGAGAGAGGAAGAAAGAGAAGAUGAUAAAGAAAAAUCAAUUUACGGAGGAUUGAAUGUCUAUUACAGUAACGUGCUUGAGAAAAGUGACUAAGGGGCCA